AUGCCAAAGCUGCUUUCCUGCAGCCCCAAAGAUACCGAUUUCAUCGGAAUUAAAGAGUACCUCGCGUCGACGCCGGUGGACUAUGCUCUGGAGGACAGUCCCGUUCUAUAUGUGGUGAGUGACGGGAACAUGUCGGGGCUGGCCAGCGGGCCGGCGAGAUUGUGGGUUGCGUCGAACGGGCUGCACUUCUGGCCAGCCGCCGGAGGCCGCCAGGGCUUCACUGUGGAUCUGGAUGAAGUCAAUUUGCACGCGAUUCAGACCGAGCCGCCUGCUCUGUAUCUGCAGGUGCAGGGCGAACAGGACUACGAUUUUUCCGACCUCAAGUUCGCUGCGCAGGUGCCGGUGUCCCGGCUGUACGAGGCCGUCUCAGCGUGUAUUGAGACAUUCACACCGACCAAAGCCGCCGCAGAAGACCACCAGCUCAGCGGUGCGGACGUCAAUGUGCCAUUGCCGGACCUCAAAUCCGGCCAGGCUGACGACGAGGUCUACUACACAUACAACUACGAGGGCGCAGCCGCCGCGGACGUCGACGUGGGCGGGGAGGGCCGACUAGGCAAGAGCCGCCGACGCAGCGACUCGAUGGAGUCUGAACGAACUCGAAAACAACCUCGUGACUAA